CUACACAACUCCAACGUCCCGUCCUGCUUCUUCCAUUUCCUUGGCCUUGACGUGGCUCUGGCUCUGGCCCUGGCUCAUCCUGUACCUAUUCUUACCCAAUUUUCUCGGCCUCUCCUGGACUCGCUGUCCAGUUUCAAUUCCUACUCUUCCUCUUCCUCCUCCUCCUAUUCCUUCCUCCAAUCUCCCCUGCUCCGCUCCGUCGUCGUCCAGGUUCGCUCCCGGACCUGACGCUUGCCUUGAGCAAGCCAGGCCGCCUAGCAUGUCGGGGUCUGGACUAACCGCCAACUACUCAGGCCAGCUCUACGCCGCCGGCGACUCUAGCCGCUUCUCAGAUUCGGAGAACGAAGGACGGUCGGAGCGGUCGCCCUCGUCCAGGUCCCCUUCCGAACUCAUCUCCUCAGCCUUCCGAGGCAUCAAGAGGAUCACGCCCGGCCGGGACGAUAUUGCCAAACUAUCCCGCCAGCCCUCGCAUAUCGGCUUCCGACGUCCGUCCGAACCCUUCAUCGCCAUUGAGAAAGCAACAACUUCGGCUCCCUUGUCCUCCAAUUUCCCCUCCUCAACACAGAGACAGCAUGGUCGAAGCUUAAGCUUCCAGGACAGUCUCGCAAAACCACUCCCUGUGCCCCCGCCCGGCGAGUUGUCGCCUACGGGCCCCCCAACGCCUCUAGCAAUCCCGCGACACGGUAGUCUCGCUACAAUCUUCGAUUCGGAGACGUACAUGGAUAGUCGGACGAGCACAAUGGACUCAGCAUCUUCGGCAGAGAUGAGCGGACUUUACAUGCAAAAUCAGCUUGGCACUGGGCUUGAUUCGAGUAUGACGAGCAGCCAGAGCAGCUUGGCAAGUUUGGCAAAACAACACGAUAAUAAUGGAGGGGAGGAUCAGCGGGAUAUUCUGACCCCGAGAAGCAAUGGGCCACCGUCGGCAGGGCCGUCACCCCAGGUCGGCGGCCAACCAAGGGCACCGGCUGCUGUCGGUACGCCGGGGACCCCAUCGUCAGCGCAUCUGUCAGGCUUGAUGUGUAACGUCCACCGAACGACGGGGAGGGAACCACACCCGCUGGUUGGUGCGACGACGACGAUACUGGGGGAUAAGCUAUACGUCUUUGGCGGAAGGAUAUUGUCUCGGAGCAGACCUGCACCCCUUACGGCGGACCUCUACGAAUUGGACCUUAUCCGGCGGCACUGGACCAAGCUCGACACUAAUGGAGAGAUCCCCCCUCCGCGCUAUUUCCACUCCAUGUGCGCCCUCGGCGACACUAAGCUGGUCUGCUAUGGUGGCAUGUCCCCGUCCCCAAGCCAGUCCACCAGCCCUUCGGCACAAGACCAACAGACCGAGGUCACUGUCAUGUCGGACAUUUACAUCUAUGACGUACCCACCAAGAAAUGGACAUACAUUCCCACCUACGACUCACCCCAGGGCCGCUAUGCACACUGCGCAUGCAUCCUGCCGUCGUCGGCGACCUUCUCGUCACACAAAGCUCCCCUGUCUGCCCUGCAACACAACCCGUCCGUCGGAAACCCGAACGAAGGCCGGAUCGGGAUCAACAUCGAUGGGUCGGGCGGCGCCGAGAUGGUUGUCGUUGGUGGCCAGGAUGGGGCGAAUCACUAUAUCGAGCAGAUCAGCGUUUUCAACCUGCGGAGUCUGAAAUGGACAUCUACGCAGUCACUGGGUAAGAGCUGUGGCGCCUACCGAAGCGUCGUCGCCCCGCUCCCUCCGCCUGUCGCGGCGAGGGUGGGGAAGGCCAGUGCCGCGAACGGUGCUCAGAGACAGGAGGGGGGAAUCAGCCAGGAGGCGAGAGAGCCAGGGUCGAGCAUGUUGAUAUACAGCAAUUAUAACUUCCUAGAUGUCAAGCUGGAGCUACAGAUAAGGUCUAGCGAGGGCGUCUUGAGCGAGAGGCCAAUGACGGGCACAUACGGCCCCCCCGGCCUGCGGUUCCCCAACGGGGGAAUCACCGACACCCACUUCGUCGUCAGCGGCACAUAUCUGACAUCUUCGAAGCAAGAGUAUGCGCUAUGGGCGCUCGAUCUGCGGAGCCUGACGUGGAGCCGCAUCGACGCCGGCGGUGCCGUGUUCAGCCAAGGCAGUUGGAACCGUGGCGUUCUCUGGAAUAGGAGAAACACCUUCGUCGUCCUUGGGAACCGAAAGAGAAGCCUCGUCGAUGACUAUAACCACCGCCGCAUCAACUUCACCAACGUGUGCAUGGUCGAGCUGGAGGCCUUUGGGUUCUACGACAACCCCAGGAAGACAAAUCCCAUGUCCGGGUUCGUCUCGGCGAGCAGUCCGUACACGCAGCCGGGGCUCAGCCUCGCUCGCAAAGCGGGCAUUACCGCCGGCGGACGGUUUCACUCGCGGGCAGCCGAGGAGCUCGGCGAGAAGGCCAUGGGGCUACGAGAACUGUCAGACAUGGACAUCCUCUGCAUCGGCGGCGAGAGGAUACCCGUCAAUUCCCGAAUUGUCGCAAGACGGUGGGGCCCAUACUUUGUGCAGCUCCUUCGCGAAGGAACGGCGACACAAGACGGGAGCGAUGCCGCCACUUUGAAGUCAGGGGCAGGAUCUUCCUUUUCGGGGGCCCCCGGAAGCACAAUGAGGAGCUCGGGGGUGACGUUAACGCCCAGCAGCAGGGGCACCAUGGACAGCUCCAUGUCCAUGGCCACCACCAUCAUGUCGGCCAACAGUUCGACGGGCAAGCCGCCGAGCACCGCGGGCACCUCCAUGUCUGGCGGCACGCUCUCUCCAGGCGUAGAUCCAGCCACGAUCAACACCGCCCCGACACCGCGAACCCUGCCACCGAACAGCAGGCCCAGGUGUCUAUACCUUCCGCACACGAACCUCACCAUACAGGCACUCCUGCACUUCAUCUACACGUCCAGCCUACCUCAGCUGUCAUCCCCACUCUGCACACCGCAAAUCCUCUGCAGCCUGCUGCAGAUCGCGCGCCCGUACCGCAUCGACGGCCUCCUCGAGUCGGUGGUCGAGAGGCUGCACAACCUCCUCGACUCGAGGAACGCGGCGGCCGUGUUCAACGCGACGGCGAUGGCGGCCGGCGGCGGCCGCGGCAUCGACGGCACCCUCAACCCCAACUUCUUCCCGCUCGCGGCCGGUGGCCUGGACGGGCUCAUGAGCCCUGCAGACGCCAGCCCGAACGGCGAUGCCAACGGCCUCUCGUCGCGGGCCGCGGCCCUCAGGAUCAACACCUCGGCGCAGCCGCAGAGCGGGCGGCCGGCGAGCGGCGAGAUCUCCGCGGCGGCGAGCGCGAGCGGGAGCGAGUGGAGCAGCGAGCGCGGGGACAGCGACAGGGGCCGGUCGCCGACGAGGGAGGUGUGGACGGGCGAGCUGAGCAGCGUCAUCGGCCUGCAGAAGAGGGGGCUGAGGGGCCUGAUGGAGGGCCGGAGGAUGAGGGAGCGCACGGGGACGAAUGCUACUACUCCCGGGGUGGGCCCCGGAGGAGGAGGAGGAGGAGGGGGAGGAACACCGACGGCGUCGUCGUCGUCGUUUGGGAACCAGGGACAGGGGAGGGUGGGAUUGGGCAUCUCUGCGUCGUAAAAGCGCGAUGUAGAAUUUUUCUAGUGGGAUGCUUGGGGUUGCCAGCGCUUUAGGUGGCUGAUGAUUUCUUCUGCUUCUUCUUCUAAGUAUAUUCUUCUUCCAAGUAUAGACUCAGGCAGGCGGAGAGCCCCCCUCUUCCGGCUCUGGUGCACGUUUUCUCCUUGCUGGAGAGGGUCGCCGCUGAGAAGCCGGCCAUGAUUUGACGAGAUUAGUUGUUAAUGGCAAACCGAGGUAUUAGAUGACUGGUCAAAAAAUGAAGUAAACGGUAAAUGCACC